UCCUUCAACACGUAGACGACAGAAUCUGGGUGGAUUUUAACUCCAGUUCUGAGGCCGGUUGAGAAACAGGAGCAUGGAACAUGUGACAGGUCACGUCGACCUCGCAGCCCGCGGGUCAAGGUCACAGGACGAUCCUGUAGAGGAAAUGGAAAGAGACGCAGCAAAACAACUGGAGACAAUUACAGCGAUAUUGUAUAUUACAGCAAAAUGACUGAAAUCAAGAACAAAUGACCCAAAACCACAAAGUAAACAGGCCAGAAUCAGAACCUUCAUAUACAGAAGGAGCCCGGUUCAGUGAAGCACCACCUGCUUGGGCAGCGUCACCCCAGACUUAAGGUCCUGACACCAUAUAUAUACCUGAAUAGAAACGUAUGGGGUCAAAAGGCAACACAAACAUGGAUCAGACUUUAUUCAUUUAGAAGCUGGACACUCAGACUAAAGAACUAACUUUGGUCUCUGCGUCCUGAAAUGAUGGAGAAUUCAACGCCGUUCUUCUAGUUUGUCUGGACAUGACAGGCUCAUGAUGACUGGGCUGGGAGCACUGAAGGUCCUCCCAACUAUAGGAACCAGCAGUGUGUUUGGAAAGAGGAAGCAGCCACGGCAUAUAAACCCAGACCGGAGGCUCAGCCGUCAUCCGACCGGACCCGAGCUUCUGAGACGCAUCUUGGAUCCAGGCGACCUUUGACCUUUGCUCAUCAUGCCAACCAAUGAGAGAGGGCGCUUCAACAAGCCGGUGCCAAAAGCCAACCUGGUUGAAAUCGACGAUUUCCUAGAAUUUGAGCAUUUUGCUGAUGAGGACGGGAGCGAGGCGGUGCCCAGAACUGGACCCGGCGCAUCGGCUGUGUCGGUGCAGAACAUGGACAUGUGUCUGCAGGUCAACAAGUCCAACCACAACACGACGGCGUACAACAACCGGAACCUGGUGGUCCGUCGAGGCCUGGAGUUCAUAGUGCAGGUCACCUUCAGCCGCCCCCUGACGGCCGCAGACGACUUCCAGCUCGAGUUCCUGAUCGGUAAUGACCCUUCGCCCACUUUGGACACCUAUGUGGUGGUGACGUUUGGCUCCCGGCCCGGUGGACCGUGGUCCGGCCGUGUUGUGGAGAAUAAGGGUCAGACCUUGACGCUGGGCAUCACGCCGCCGCCUGACACCAUCGUAGGGAAGUAUCGCAGCUAUGUGGCCGUCAUCCUGCCCAACGGUGUCCAACACACCAAGAGGGACGCCAAGACCGACCUGUACCUGCUCUUUAACGCCUGGAAUAAAGACGACGCUGUGUUUUACGCUGACGAACCAGGACGCAAAGAGUACGUCCUCAGCGACCACGGGGUCAUCUAUCAGGGCUCAUUCGACAAUAUGACACAACGCAGCUGGGACUAUGGGCAGUUUGAGGCCGGCAUCCUGGACGCCUGUAUUUACAUCCUGGACGCGUCCAAGAUGCCGGUGUUCGACCGAGGCAACGUCAUCAAGCUCACCAGGAUGGCGUCUGCCAUGCUCAACUCUCUGGAUGAUGACGGCGUGUUGGUCGGGAACUGGAGCGAUGACUACAGCAUGGGCACGUCCCCGACCAGCUGGACCGGCAGCGUGGGCAUCCUGCAGCAGUACAUCCGGACCGGCUUACCCGUGUGCUUCGCCCAGUGCUGGGUGUACGCCGCCGUCUUCACCUCCUUCCUGCGCUGCCUCGGGAUCCCAUCCAGGGUCAUCACCAACUUCGUCUCAGCUCAUGACAACAACGGCAACAUCGUGAUCAACCUCGUCUUCAACAGCGAUGGAUCCCAGAACACCACUGAGACCAAGGACACCAUCUGGAACUACCACUGCUGGACCGAGGCCUUCAUGACGCGCCCUGACCUGCCAGCCGGCCUCGAGGGCUGGCAGGUGGUGGACGCCACGCCCCAGGAGACCAGCGGAGGGUUCUUCCGCUGUGGCCCGGCCUCAGUAGCCGCCAUCAAGGAGGGGUUGCUCUGCCAUCCUUUCGACCUGAAGUUCUGCUUCGCUGAGGUGAACAGCGUCGUGGUCUCCUCCACCAUAGAUCGCUACAAGAAGGUGACUCCAUUCGACGUGAAUCACAAUUACGUGGGAAAGGCCGUGCUCACCAAGGCCAUAGGCAGCACGUCCAGCGAGAACAUCACCAUCAGCUACAAGUACCCCAAAGGUAGUCGUCAGGACCGCGUGACCAUGGCUCGGGCCCAGGAAUACAUCACUGGGAAGACGCAUCCUGACCUGCCCAAAUCCCUGCUGUCAGUCAAGAUCAACGCAGACCAGGUCCAGGUGGGUGAGGAUGUGAAGCUGGAGGUGGUCUUCACCAACCAGAGUGAAGACUCUGUCACGGUCAGUGCUCACCUGUCAGGCUUGGUCACCUUCUACACUGGAGCCCCAGCCGCCACCGCCUUCAAGAACGAGGACUUCACGGUCACGGUGGACACCAAUCAGACUCAACGUGUGCCGUUUCACAUCAAGGCCCAGGACUACUUGACCGACCAGGCCUCACUGCUCAACCUGAGCUUCUCUGUGAGCGCGCAGAACGAGGGCGAGUCGGUGAGCGCCAUCAAGCUGGUCAGCCUGAAGGCUCCCAAGCUCGGCAUGACGGUGAGUAAAGCAGCUCGGCUGCAGAAGCAGAUGUUUGCCUCCCUGUCCUUCACCAACCCUAUGACCUUCCCUCUGACGGACGUCACCGUGACCAUGGAGUCUUCUGGACUCAUCACCCCGAGGAAACAAAGCUACAGCACAAUCCCUCCUCUGGGCUCCAUCACCUGGACUGAGUCCUUCAUCCCUCAGGUAGUCGGACUCAAAUACAUCACUGCAUCGCUGGACUGCAAAAACCUCCGUGGGGUGACCGGCUUCAUUGCCGUUAGCAUCACUCCUUAACAGGUUCUGACCACACCCUUCAGCACGGCCUCCACCAAUUAGCAGUGCCUGGGGCAGGGAGGGGGCGGAGCCAACACAAGAUUUUUCUUUUUUACUCCAGAUAUGAAGCUUUGUAUGACACACGUUUGAUCAUUUUUAUUCAUCAUUAACUGAAAGAAUGAAAGAAAAUAAUCAGUUCACUAAUCAGCCUGUGAUUGUUGACCUACCUAAAUCAGACCAUUGGGAUAUUUUCACGUCUCUCUUUGCUUUUCUAAUGCUCAACAAUAAAAGCACGUUGCCAAGA